AUGCCACUAAAACGAACUCCUCCUCCACCUGCUUCUCCUGCUCGCAGUGAGUCAGCGCCUGAUCUGGCAGCUCCUAUUUCGAGCCGAAAGGUACAGGCAGACGCUUUCAGACAGAGGCGACCGCGAGAAGAAAUAACCUUAAAUGAUCUCAUGGAUAGCAUGUCAUUAUGGAAGUCUGUGCUUGAGGAUUUUAAGAACGACCAGGAUCGUAGGUUGGAUACUCUACAGGCAUCUGUCGUUGACAUUCGGAAGCAACAUGAAGAAAAAUGGGCUUCUUUACAGAGUUCAAUCUCUGAAUUAAGACAACAGAAUGACGAUAUUCACUCAUCCAUAGAAUUCCUCGCUAAACAAAAUACUGAACUGAAAGAUAAAGUUGUCGCUAUGGAACGCGUACAGAAAGAAAAUAAAGAUUAUAUUAGAGAUUUAGAAGAAAAAAUAGAGACACUAGAGAGAGAAAAUAGGUCAUCCACCUUAGAAAUCCGUAACAUUCCAGUAACAAAGUCUGAAACAAAAGAUGACCUUCUGAAUAUAUUUCAUAAGGUUGCAAAUGCUUUAAACGUAAAUGUCUCAGUCUCUGAUGUAAACGAUAUCUACAGGGUCAGCACUAAGUCAGUCACCAACAAGCCUAUUGUUUGCAAAUUACAAAGUGCACUUUUGAGAGAAAGAUUAUUGAAGUCUGUCAAAGAUUUCAACAAAGCGCAUAAAGAAAAUCGAUUCAGCACUGAACACAUCCACAUGCCCGGAGUUCCUCAACCCAUCUUUAUCGCGGAAAACUUAACACCUAAGAUGAGAAGACUGUAUUUCCUUGCGAGGAGUUUUGCUGGUACAAACGAUUAUUCGUUCUGUUGGCUCUCUCGUGGAAGAAUAUAUCUAAGAAAAAGAGAAGGUCAUAAAACUUUUAAUAUUAACUCUGAAACAGACUUGAUAAGGCUUGAACACAACAAAUGACUAGAUUCAUCUAAAUUGCUCCUCAUGAUUUUAAUUUUAGGUUUUGUUAUACUUUAUGUUAAAUCAUACACACUAUACAUUUUUUCUACACUCACUAUUUACAAAUUACAAUUCCACACGCAAUCAUUCUGUAAUCUCUUUGCAACUAUUAUAGAUGUUAAUUAUAUACUCUAUUCAAUGUACACAUAUAUCACCUGCAAUGUUCGAAUGAGAAUAUGUACCGAAUUCUGCACAUUUUAGAAACUAAAUGCUUCAGGAGGCUUACGAUAUCGAAUAAUAAUUUAAAGGUAAAUUUUAAAAUUUUCAACUGCAAUAAUGUUCGAUUCUUAUUUCUUGGCCGUGAUUAUUUUGUCCUUUGUGUUUUGAAUAAAUGCUUUUCUGUCAUUGAUUUGAAUUCUAUAAGUAAAGACAUAAAGGACAUAAAUACUAAAUUUGAACUGGUAUUAUCAAAUCAAAUCUGCUGGUUAUAACUUUGGUCAUCUAACUAUGAAAUCAUUUAUACUUAAC